GGGGAGCGGAGCCUCCCCGGGGGCAGGCAGGUUCCCCUCGGCAGGAAGGCGCUGGGGCCCACAUACCCGGGAAGAGCCAUCGCGGGGCCGAGGUGUAACGUGGGGAGCAGCGCUCCCCUCCCGCCGGGCAUCGCGCCUCGGCUGAGGUGCAGCGGGGCAGGUGGUUCCCGUUCCUUUUCUGCUCCCAUUCUCGCCCUUUCCCGACGUUUCUCUCCCACGGAGAGGCUCUCAGGCUUUUGGACUGCCUUUUCCCUUUGUGGAUCCUCCGCACCGGUGGAUUGUGAACCUUUUGGAGAAGGCACAGACAUAUUUUCUUCUCUUUUCCUUGUGUUGUGCAGUGAUACAUAUGCUGAUUUUACCAUACAUGCGUUUGUAUAUGUGUAAAUUAUGCGUAUUUGUAUUAUAGUGGAGGUAUGCAUAUUUUUAUCUCUAUAAAUAAAAUAGGCUUGUACAUGCAUACCUUGUUAGAUGCACCUGUGAAAGUUAAGAUGUAAGAUCUGUGUUUUACAUACACCAUCUCAUAGCAUACCUGGAGGAGAUAUUGAGUGUAUUGAUUGCAUGUGGAAUUGAACUUUUCCAGAUCCCUGCCUGCUGUGGUUUAACCCCAGAUACCCACUCACUUGGACACCCUGACUUACCAUCACCCUCUCAGUGGGGUGGGAAAGAGAAUUGAAAAAAAAAGAUAAAACCCACAGGUUGAGGUAAAAACAGUUUUACAGCAGAAAUAACAUUAAUGAUUAUAAUAUAAAAUUAAUGGUUAUGAAAUUUGAGAUAACAGAGAGAGAGAAAUGGAAGCCAAGAAAGAUAAGUGAUGGACAGUACAGUUGCUCACCACUCACUGACUGGUGCCCAGCCCAUCUCUAAGCAGCACUUGGCUCCUCCUGGCCAAUUCCCUCUGAGUUUAUUCACUGAACGUGAUGGUCUAUGGUAUGGAGUAUCCCUUUUGCCAGUUCAGGUCAGCUCACCCGGUCAUGUUUCUUCCCAGCUUCUUAUGCACCUGGCAGAGCAUGGGAAACUGAAAAGCCCUUCUUUUGAGGUAGGCACUAGUUAGCAACAGCAAAAAUAUCAGUGUGUUGUCAACAUUAUUCUGACCAGGUUUGCUUGGCAGGGUUUUGGUAGUGAGGGGCUACAGGCAUGGCUCCUGUGAGAAGCUGCCAGAAGCUUCCUCUGUGUCUGACAGAGCCCAGGUCAGCUGGCUUCAAGGCAGACCCGCUGUGGAACAAUGCUGUGCCCAUCAGUGAUGGUGGUAGUGCCUCUGGGAUAACAUACUUAAAGUUAAAAAGUUGCUGCACCACAGCAUCUGCAGCAGAAGAGAGAGCUGGAAACAGUCCUGCAGACACCAAGAGUCAGCGAAGAAGGAGGGACAGGAGGUGCUCCAGGGGCAGGAACAGAGAUUCCCCAGGCAGUGCGGAGCAUGGUGAGGCAGCUGUGCUUCUGCACGCCCGUUGGAGAACCACAGAGGAACAGAGAUCCACCUGCAGCCUAGGGAGGACUCCCCACUGCAGCAGCAUUGACCUCACUGCAGAUGCAACUACAAGUAAUGCUGGUGUCAACGGUGAAGACUCGCAGCAGAAAGAAGAUGACAGCAACUUCUCACUGAUCACCUGGAACAUUGAUGGGCUGGAUCUGGGAAAUGUGAAAGAUCGAGCCAGAGGAAUCUGUGCAUACCUGGCAUUAUACAGUCCGGAUGUUGUGUUUUUACAGGAGGUCAUCCCACCACAUCUCCCUCUUCUCCAGAUGAAAGCAGGCAGUUACACUAUUAUUCCAGGUAACAUAGAUGGGUAUUUCACUGCUAUAAUGUUAAAGAAAUCGAGAGUGAAGCUACUGAAACAUGACAUAAUGCCUUUUCCAACGACUACCAUGAAGAGGAACCUUUUAGUUGUGCAUGUGAGCAUAUCUGGUAUUGAACUUUGCCUUAUGACUUCUCACCUGGAGAGCACUAAAGAUCACUCCAAGGAACGGAUAAAGCAGCUGCAAAUAGUGUUAAACGAAAUGCAGAAGGAGUCUCAGUCCACCACUGUUAUAUUUGGAGGGGAUACAAACCUCAGAGACAGCGAGGUUGCUAAACUUGGUAAUCUGCCUGACAACAUUAAGGAUGCCUGGGAGUUUUUGGGCAAGCCCCAGCACUGCCGCUACACUUGGGACACGCAGUCCAACACCAACCUGAACGCAGCCUACAAGUGCAAGAUGAGAUUUGACCGCAUUUACUUCCGGCCUGCAGUGGAAGGGGGGCAUUUCAUCCCACGAAGCAUGGACUUGAUUGGUUUGGAAAAACUAGAAUGUGGCAGGUUUCCUAGUGAUCACUGGGGCAUUCUGUGUAACUUUGAUGUUAUAUUAUAAAAAAGAAAAAAAAUACUCA